GGCCAGGGUUUCGGCUGGCGGGGGAGACCUCAGCGAGAGCGAGACGCAGACACUCCGGGGCCAGGUGACCACAGGGCAGCUAUGGCCCGAGAGUUGAGCCAGGAGGCACUACUGGACUUUCUGUGCCAAGCCGGGGGCCGAGUGACCAAUGCCGCCUUGCUGAGCCACUUCAAGCACUUCCUCCGAGACCCCGACGCGCCCCCCGGCCAGCACCAGCGCCGCCGCGAGCUUUUCAAGGGCUUCGUUAACUCGGUCGCCGCAGUGCGCCAGGACCCCGACGGCACCAAGUACGUGGUGCUCAAGAGGAGGUACAGGGACCUUUUGGGGGAGGAGGGGCUGCAGCGACCCAGCGACCCGCCCGCGACCGCCGCCCCUGCAGGGGGAGCUGCGCCCCGCUGCCCACUCCCCGCCUGCCCGGGGGAGUCGCUGCCUCCGCAGCAGCCCCGGCGGCGGCGGCGCGAGAAGGAGCCAGAGGAGGAGCCAGCAGGUGCCGCAGCCGCAGCCGCGGUUCCCGCUGCGGGGUGCAAUGGAUUCCCCGCCAGCGGCGUCCGGGAGGCGCCCCGAGGAGGCGGGGGGCGGAGGGGCAGCUCUGGCCCCCAGGAGCGGGUGCCGGCGGCUGUGGCUGCGGCUGCCCAGGCCCGAGCGAGGUGCGCGGCGGCCGAGACGCAGGGCCGCUGCUGCUGGGAAUGCCUCCAGAACGGCCUGGGGGGACUCCCAGGCCAGCCGCUGCCUGCCGCACUCCCUGACCCCGCCACUACCACUGUCACCGCCUGCGCCGGGGAGGAGACAGCGCAGGCUCCGCCAGCCCAGGACGACCGCCGGGCUCCCAGGCCGCAGCGGGAAGGUGCGCCCGCGGAGCCCCCGCCUGUGCCCGCCGCGUCCCGCUCGCGUUCUACAACCGUCGAGGCUGCCGAGAGCUGGGCUUUGUCGCCUUCUCUCCUGUCCUGCUCUCCUGCCCCCGGAGAUCCUCCAGAGCUGGUGACUCGCGGCCCUCUGCUUUAUUCAACCCUGCAGCAGCAGCAGCAGCGCACUCGAGAGUGGGUGGCGAGACACCCCCAGAUACCUGAGGCCCGGGACCGAGGCCCCAUCCGAGCCUGGUCGGUGCUCCCCGACGACUUCCCCCGGCUACCCCCAGAGCCAGGCUUCUGGGUCCCCGAAUCUAAGUCAGCAACACCCGAACCCCCUCUUUCCUCUCAUUCUGUUUUGCCUGCUGGUUCGGAAUCCUGGCCCGGGAAUUCGCCACUGGCGGUCUUUCGGAGCAUUCGUUGUCAGUUGUCCCUACAAGAUCUGGAGGACUUCGUAGACCAGGAGAGCCAUGGUAGUGAAGAGAGCAGCAGUGGCCCCAAAGAGUCCCCUGGGCGUUCUGACGAAGAGCUGCAUCUUGCCCCAGGAGCCCCAGAUGGAAGAAGGCUCAGGAAUACAGCUGGGGACCCCUCUCCAAAGAAGGGCAGCCCCAACGGCAGCUCCCAGGGUCUAGGCAACGCAGGGGAUGGCCAUACCUCUCAGCCCCUUCCUGUAGGAGCUGAUGGCCUUGAAGGCCACCCGCAGCAGCCUUUGCCCUGGCCAGUCCCCAGAUUAAGAAGGUCUCUAAGAAGGAGCUCCAGGGCAGGGAGAGCCAGAUUGUCCUCCUCUGAUGAGGAGUGCCUGGAGGAAGAUUUGCUGAAAAGGAGCCGGCGCCCGCCCCGGUCCAGGAAGCCCUCCAAGGCAGGAGCAGUGUCCAGCCUAAGGGUGGAUGCUGCUUUGACAUCCAAACUUGUAGACAUUAAGGCUGCCACGGAGCAGGGUCCUCCACACAGCCCAUGGGCCCUCGGAGGGGAGAGGCCUGCAGCCUUCGUCCACCACAGAUCUUCUGAGCACAAGUCAUCCUUGGUUCCCCUCGAUGCCAGGGAGCAUGAAUGGAUUGUGAAGCUUGCCAGUGGCACUUGGAAUCAGGCGUUGACUUUGUUCUGGCAGGACCCCCAGCUAGCGCUGCACAAAGACUUUCUGACUGGGUACACUGCCUUGCACUGGAUAGCCAAACAUGGUGACCUCACGGCCCUUCAGGACCUGGUCUCAGGUGCACAGAAGGCAGGGAUUGCUCUUGAUGUAAAUGUGAAGUCUGGCUGUGGGUAUACUCCGCUGCACCUUGCAGCCAUCCACGGCCACCAGGCGAUCAUCAGAUUGCUAGUGCAAAGGUUGUCGUCUCGUGUGAAUGUCCGGGACAGCAGUGGGAAGAAGCCUUGGCAGUAUCUGACCAGUAAUACCUCUGGGGAAAUAUGGCAGCUACUGGAAGCCCCACGGGGCAAGCCCAUUUUCCCCACCCAGCCCUUGGUUCGAAACUCUUCCCCCACCAGGAAGGCCAAGAGCCGGGAAAUAUCUAGAAGUGUCACCCGAAAGAGUUCCUUUGCUGCACUGCUCAAAAGUCAGCACAACAAAUGGAAGUUGGCCAACCAGUAUGAGAAAUUCCCCACGCCAAGGGAAAGAGAGGAAUACAGUGACUGAGGUGCCCCCCCACCCCCGACUCCAACACGGCCACCGCGCCCCUGUCUUUGAGCGAUUCGGUGAGGAGAUUCAAGGGCGAUGGAAAAAUUGCUGAGGACUUGGUCAACUGAGAUGGCCUGCCUAGUGUUUACCUCCCUGGAUUCUGUGUCAGCACAUCCUGGACCUCAGAAGUCAUCCAAGCUUUCUGAUGACUCAAGUCCUCGGGCCCAUGAAUGUAGACGAAGAACAGGUGCUUAAAACCCAGGCAUUCUUCCUGUCCCUUGCCACUGCAGAUCCAGGCCAGCAGGCCACACUCUGCUCCCAAGCAGCUCUCCUAGGCCUUGGCUAGAGAGGGAACAGAUGUCUAAGAAGAAGAGAGGCAAUUCAAGGAACGAGGAAGCUCACAUUCUCUCUCUGGCUAGGAGCUUUCUGGCUUCCAUUCAUUUGGAGAACAUGAAAUCUUGGCUGAGAGUGGAAAGCACCAGGUGUGAAAUCAGAUGACUCCACUACUCCCCCCUACCCCCCCUUUAUUUUGUAUUCGAAUCUGUGAAAUAAAAUUAGUACUGGGGAGUAGAACUUGAUUUAACAGCUUCCUCAGUGCCAUCCUCAGAUCUUCCUUUGGUGGCCGAUGCAAGAAAUCAUUAGGGCCUCAUUUCAGAGAAGCAGUUAAGUAAGAUCCAGUUAUGACGGACAUUCAGGCCCUGUUUUUGUUAAAAAAAAAAAAAAUCAAUCUAGGCGUUCCCGCUGUCGUGCAGCUGGUUAAGAGGCUGACUGCAGCUGCUCAGGUUGCUGCAGAAGCAUGGGUUUGAUCCCCCUCCCAGGCAGUGGGUUCAGGGAUCCCAUAGGUCACAGCUGCAGCUCAGAUUAGAUCCCUGGCCUGGGAACUUUCAUGUGCCAUAGGUGGGGCCAUUAAAAAAAAAAAAAAAAAGUCAGCCUAAGGGGGCUUUUCCAAAUGUAAACACUGUGUGGUUCAUUUGCCUGUGACUGAAACCAUCUUUCACGGAAACUCCCUGUGUAACAAACAGCAGAAUUAGCAUUUGUAGCUUUCAGUCCAUUUGAAUGGCCAGUGCUCAUACUCAUGAAAAGAGAGAAAUGGUUUUCUUCUGGGGAUGUGGUGAGGAGUAAGAGGUGAAUGCCUCCCCACCAGGAAUUUUCUAAGCUGCUAAAUAUAAUUUAUUUGCACUAAACUUGUUGCCAAUGAAGAUUAACUAUUAGCCUUGAAGUGCUCUAACGAGAAGUGUUCCUUUUAAUUGCUUGUGAUGGGACUGAUCUUUGUGGGUCCCUGGAAUGAGAGAGUGGCUAGUUUAGAAACUGCAAUAGAACAUCAGGAUUUCAGAAUGUAAGUUCUAAGAGGGCUGAGCAGUUAAGUGUCCAUGUGCAAAUAGUUAACUUGUUAUGGAAAUGUGUUUCAUGUGCGGUGGUAAUGAUAUUGUAUUUUUUUAAGUAUUUUUAUGUUUCUUCAGCUUUUUUCCCCAUUAAAAUAUGAAUAGUUCUUUAUAAUUUAUUGUACUUAAUGCUGAUUACUGUUAACAAUCCGCUUUGCAAAACUGUAUCUCUGUGUCAAAUAUUUUCGUCUCUUUAUAGUUUUACUGAAAUAAAUGUAUCUCUGUUCUGUUAGGAAACAAAAACUAGGCAGAGUAAAGAAAUCUAUGUUGCUUUUCUAAAAAAAAAAAAAGCUAUAAGCACAGAUGGCAAGUGUACAUUUAGGAGAGAUGACAUUUUUUAAAAUAAAAGAUAAACAUGUAUGCGAAUACUCUAGUAAAAGGGGUGAUUUCCAAGGGGGAAGAAAUCAUAAAAAUGUCAACUUUUAAAAGCCAAAGAAUGUUUUUACUUUACCAUAUUGUUAUCACAAUGUCAAUUUAUUCAACAAAUAUGUUUUCCUUCUUGCUGUGGGAUUUAUAAAGGUGAGGGGGACAUGACUUCUCCCCUCUUAAAAUCGAGCAAGGCUUGUUGUUGAUUGAUUUAUACCUUAUCUUGCUGCCCUGGUGUCUUUUAAAGCUGCAUUGUAUUAGGUAUAAGCUUUUAAAAUGAGACCAAAAAAAAAAAAAAAAAA